AUGCUUAUUACAGCACCCCCACACUUGGCCAGACCCCUUCUCAGGAAAGCAUUGGGCUUGGAUUACGGGAAGAGGAAGAGAAAAGAGCCAAAGAGAUUGUCGAAAACUGCAAACAUCUUGAUAAAAGAAGACUCGAAGGGUUACGUGCAUUCUAAAAAAGUCAAUAACUACUUGAUAGGCGCCACUCUUGGAGAAGGCUCUUUUGCUAAAGUGAAGGAAUCAUUCCACGUGUUGGUUGGAGAGAAAGUUGCUAUGAAAAUUAUUGACAAGAAAAAGGCAUUACAAGAUCCUUAUGUAGCAAAAAAUUUCAAACGUGAAGCCAGGCUAUUACAAAAAUUACGACAUCCCAAUAUUAUGCAACUGUAUGAAGUUAUCGAAACAGACAAUAACUAUUACCUCAUAACAGAAUUAUGUUCAGGAGGUGAGCUAAUGAAAUACAUUUACAAACAUGGUCGUUUAUCAGAGGAAGAAUCAAGGAAAUAUAUGAGACAAUUAGUAUCUGCUGUUGACCACUUACACCGAGCAGGACUGAUACACAGAGAUUUAAAAGUGGAAAACAUGUUACUGGAUGGCAAUAUGGAUUUGAAAUUAAUUGUUAAUUUUGGAUUAAGCAAUGAAGAGUUUGUUGUUGAUGAAAGUGGUAUUGAGAAGCACUCUUCAAGAUUAGCACGAUAUCGUAGGGAAUUCCCUUCCAAGACUUCUAGACAACUGAAAACAAUAACCACACCUAAAAAGAAAGUUUCAAAAGAUCUAGGUUUUUAUGAUGCUGAUGAUGAUGUCGAAGUUUCGUCAGUUGCAAGUGUUCCUGUGAGAACGACCACAAGAGAGGAACUAGAAAAUCUGUGA